AUGGAUUUCCCAAGGACGAUCCUGCACUACCUCCGCGAAGACGUUCCCUUUCCCGCACCCAGCGGCAGAGAACACUCCUUCAGGACUAAGUUCGAAACAGCCUACCAGCUCGUCGGUUCAGAGAAUUUAGUCGACCUCUCCGAGGCAAAGCGUAUCUGUCGUCGACUCUUGAAAAGACGCGGUCUUCCCCUCCUUUACCUUAUUGGCUGCAACCAGCUUAUCAGUUACUGGUCCCCCUUCCACGAUACCACCGCCAUCCGUCAUGCGGAAAAGACACUCGAGCUCUGCCGGGAUAUGCAUUCCCUGAUCGAGAACAUGGAGGAUAAGCCAGAGCAGGAGAAGUUGCGGUAUCGGACGUUGUUGGCUAUGGCGGAGGAGAACCUGGAGUAUGUGAGGGAAGGGCCCGCUGAUAUUGACGACAUUAUGGCCCCGAGUAGUGAGGAAGAGGAACAGCUGAGCCGGGUGAUAUGA